UUGAAACUAAAGAUCUAAUGGAAUUUUUCUCCUAUUUUAAUAAGGAUGACAUUGUUGCUGGUGUCGAGGCUAAGAUUGCUUCUUGGACAUUCCUUCCUGUAGAGAAUGGGGAAGCUAUGCAAAUACUACAUUAUGAGCAUGGACAAAAGUAUGAGCCACAUUUUGAUUAUUUUCAUGACAAGGAAAAUCAGAAAUUGGGUGGUCAUAGAGUAGCAACCGUGCUUAUGUAUUUAUCUGAUGUUGCGAAAGGUGGCGAAACAGUUUUCCCUAGUUCAGAGAAAAAGGAAACUCAACCAAAGGGUGAUGAUGAUUGGUCUGAUUGUGCUAAAAAUGGCUAUGCUGUAAAACCCAGGAAGGGUGAUGCACUGCUGUUUUUCAGUUUACAUCCUGAUGCUACGACUGACCCUUUGAGCUUGCAUGGGAGCUGUCCUGUCAUUGAAGGUGAGAAGUGGUCUGCUACAAAAUGGAUUCAUGUAAGGUCUUUUGAUGCGCUGUCUACUAGUGAAGAUUGUGUUGAUAAGGAUCCAAAUUGCCCUCACUGGGCUGCUUCAGGUGAAUGUGAGAAGAAUCCUCUAUAUAUGGUGGGCUCUGAGGAGGCUGUUGGUUACUGUAGAAAGAGCUGUAAGAUUUGCUCAUCUUAGAAUCUGAAGCCCAAAAUCAUUAGAGGUAUUUAUAGAUCAACCCCAUCCUUGGGUUGUAUAUAACAUUCGGAUAUCUCCAUGGAUCGGAUCGACCAUUUGAAAAAGUAGUGUCGUUUUUGUCUUGAGGUGUGGGUACUGGAGUUACUGAACAAGAAGAGGCAGUCAAACUUGUUCCGUUAACUGUUUCAGACUUACCCCAUUUGUCAUAUACAGAUGCAUCUUCUUCUAUAGUGAAUUGAAAUAGGUUUUUGUUGUUGCCUCCUUUUUCA